AUGCCUUCAGUACAAUUUUACCUACUGGGACAAGACCCUUCUACAGGGCACGAGAUCGAAGUCAACUCCAGCGAAGUUUCUGACUAUGAUUCGCUCCGUCUACUGGUCGCUGGACAUUUUGCCGUCUUGGAGCCAAGCGGUAUCGACUUCUCAGUAGACAACGACACAUUGACCGAAGUGUCAGAGGUCAUCAACAGCCAACAACCAGUUGCGAUCACAAUCGAUGGCAAGCAAGUCAGAGAUGUGCCGGGCCCUACAGGCUUUCCUUACAUCGGCAACUACUACGAGAUUUACCCUGACCAUCUCGGUAACCACCAGAGACUUUUCGACACAUAUGGACCUGUUUUCAAAACAAGCAACUUUGGAAGUGUCGUUUAUCAGACCAAUGAUCCUGUGAUCGCCAACCAUGUAUUCAACGAGAAUGGAUUCUUCACCAAGCAAAUCACCCCCGAGCACCCACUUUUCGGUAUCAUGAAUCAAGAAGCAGGCUUGUUCCUUGCAGACACAGACACCGAGGCCUGGAGAUUGACACACAAGUUCCUCCCGCCAGCUUUCUCACCAAAAGCUGUUCGUCACUACAGCCCGAAGAUGCAGCAAACCGUCGAGUCAGCAUACAAGGUCUUUGAUCAACUAGAUGAGCAAGGUGACGCUUUCAACGUCUACCUCUACAUGUUGAAGCUGGGUUCUCAAGCUGUUGGCCAGCUUACACUCGGUCUUGAUUUCAAUCACUUCUCUUCCGUAUAUGCGCCACUCCACAAGAUGGUGCGCGACAUUGCCGAGCUCCUCGAGUUGAACAAGAAGGUUUCGACCAUGGGAUCAUGGUACUCAUACUUGCCUUUCGGUGACCCCGCCAAGUUGAGACACGUUAAAAACGACCUCAUGAAACAGAUGGACGCAGCCAUUGCUGCAGUCGCCCCUAACGGUGUCGAGGAUCUUGAAUUGCAAGAUGCAGCUCUCAAGGCAUCGUGUAUUGCAGAUUACGCAGUCCGUGCUGUCGACAACCAAGGCGAGAAGCUGCCCGCGCGUUACAGAAACAAUUCGAUCAUGGUAGCAACUGCCGCUGGAUUCACAACCACCUCAUCGCUUCUUUCGUGGCUCAUCUACGGUUUGACAACGUAUGAAGGCAUGCAAGAGCGUAUUUUGCAAGAGCUCAUUGACAAUGAUAUCGAUGAUGACACAGUGCUGGACGCUGAUAUCAUCGGCAAGCUCCCCUUCUUGGACAAAUAUGUCAAAGAAAUGCAGCGCAAACACAACCCAUCCUACCAGCCCGGUCGUACAGCACAACACGAUCUGAUUCUGCCAGGUGGUUACAAGAUUCCCAAGGGUGGCAUCGUCAUCCCUGCGCUACACCACAUCCACAACAACCCUAAGCUCUGGGACAACCCAGCAAGAUUCAAUCCCGAUCGUUGGGACACCGAGGAGGUCAAGAACCGUCACCGCUCCACAUACAUCCCCUUCGCUCAAGGUCCUCGUGGCUGCAUUGGAUUCAACUUUGCGCUGCUCGAAGUAAAGAUCUUCUUGCCCAAGUUGGUAUACCGUUACCACUGGUCAAAGGUCGAUGAGGAGGCUGUAGAGUACGAUCCUUUCUUCCAGCUCAUCAGACCCACCAACUUCAUGGCAAGAGCGGAAAGGAGAGUCAAGUGGCCUGCAAAGUCUACCUAG